CAGCUGAUCGGUCGUCACGUAUCUCACGUCGCUGAUUGUAAAUGAGGAAGAACACAGGAAGCAACAGUCAGAUCUCCGCCUCCACACCGACACUGCUGCUGGUCAGAUGAAUAGGUUCCUCUACUGGUCAGAUUAACAGCUUCUUCUACUGGUUCCCAGUUCCUGCUGCUGGUUCAGAACAAGUCCAGUUCUCCUCCCACACCGUGAGGUUCCGUUUUUAACCGGAGCUCUUUGGAAGCAGCAGAUCUCGGGAUGAAGCUGCUCUUCUUCCUCCUCUUCCUCCUCCAGGUGUUCAGACCUGCACUGAGCAGGUGUUUCUGUCAGGUGACAGGCGACCUGGACGACUGUGCCUGCGACGUGGAAACCAUCGACAGAUUCAACAACAACCAGCUCUUCAACAAACUUCAGACUCUCCUGGAGUCUGAUUAUUUCAGGUUCUACAAGGUGAACCUGAACAAAGCGUGUCCGUUCUGGACGGUCCGGAGUCACUGUGGUCUGAGGGACUGUGCUGUGAAGCCCUGCUCUGAUAACGAGGUGCCUGAAGGGAUUCGAUCGUCCUCCCACAACAAGUAUUCAGCAGAAGCAAACGAGCAGCCGGAUGAAUGUGAGCAGGCAGAGCAUCUGGGAGCUGUAGACGUCUCUCUGAGUAAUGAGACCAGAGAGGCUCUCCUCAAAUGGAGCAAACACGACGACGAGGCCCAACGAUUCUGUGUGGUUGACGAUGAAGCGUCUCCAGACUCCCAGUAUGUUGACCUGCUGCUGAACCCUGAACGCUUCACGGGUUAUAAAGGACCAGAGGCCUGGCAAAUCUGGAACAGCAUCUACGAGGAAAACUGCUUCAAACCAUUUUCUAUCAAGCGGCCGCUAAUUCCCAACUCAUACCAGAGCAGCUCAGGAAGUGAAGCGAGGAGCUUCUACAGCUGGCUAGAAGGUCAGUGUGUGGAGAAAAGGGCCUUUUACCGCCUCAUCUCCGGCCUCCAUGCCAGCAUCAACAUCCACCUGAGCGCCAGAUACCUGCUGGAUGACAGCUGGUUUCAUAGGAAGUGGGGUCACAACGUUUCUGAGUUCAGGCAGCGUUUUGACUCGGAGCUGACGUCCGACGAAGGCCCAAAGAGGCUCCGUAACCUUUACUUCCUGUACCUGAUCGAGCUGCGAGCGCUGGCCAAAGCUCUGCCGUUCUUCCAGCAGCCGUCCUUCAAGCUUUACACCGGCAGACCAGAGGAGGACCACAAACACAAACAGCUGCUGCUGGACAUCCUGCAACUGGCUAGAUCUUUCCCUUUACACUUUGAUGAAACUUCUCUGUUUGCCGGCAACGAAAAGGAAGCAGCCAAACUGAAGGAGGAUGUCAGACUGGCCUUCCUCAACAUCUCCAGGAUCAUGGAUUGUGUCGGAUGCUUCAAGUGUCGUCUUUGGGGGAAACUUCAGACUCAGGGAUUAGGCACAGCGCUAAAGAUUUUGUUUUCAGCGCAGCAGAUUGAAGCUCUGCCUAAAUCCAGCAACCAGCGACCCAGUUUCCAGCUCAGCCGGCAGGAGAUCGUCUCUCUGCUCAACGCCUUCGGAAGGAUUUCCACGAGCGUCAGAGAGCUGGAGAACUUCAGAUCGCUGCUUGCAGAGGAACGAUGAGGAAUCCAGCUCCAUCCAGAGACUCAUCUGAUGCUUUUUAAAAACUAAUGUGGCUGUGGUCCGUCCACUUGUUUUAAUCCUGCUGAAAUUUCACGUCUUUAACAAUUUCAAUGAUAAAACAUCAUCUUUGAUCAGCUAAAAAAUUAUUUUUUAUUUCAAUUAUUUUUUGAUGAAAAUUAAGUGAUUUUUCUUGAAUUAUAAUAAAAUGUGAUUUUUUUUUUUUACACUUCUGGAAAUAUUUCCUCUUUCUGCUGGUAGCUUUAAGUUGUUGUCGACUGAAACAGUUAAAGUCAUGUUUAUGAGGAGAGACUGAAGAGAGAAAGCUGCUCUUUUGUUACAGUUAUUAGAGAAAAUUCAAAAGUAACUUGAAUUUAAACUCAUUCCUUUAAAAAACUGGUAAAGUCCUGGAUCGGGCUAACAGCUGCUCAUCAGUCUGUGAUUUUUGUGGUUCUGCUUUCGUCCAGACGAUGGCGCUGUUUGUGCAGAAAACAGCUUUUUGCUGAUAAAUGCAAAAUCUAAUGUUUCUGAAAGUCUUCAGGAUCAAAAUGCAGAUUUCAGAAUUUAAAAUGAAAAGCACAUAGAAGUGAAGUUGAAUUAUUUUUACUGAAUUUUCAGACAAAUUUUUUGCUUUAAAACUGUCCUCCAUUUUCAUAACCACAAGUCCUGUUUCAUGGUGCCUUCAGGGACACCUCGAGAACUCCAACCCCUACCUUCUGCUGUUUAAUUUGAAAUAAUAAUAAAGCUUUUUAGGCUCCAGCAGCCCCUGCGACCCUAAUGAGGAUAAAGCGGUGUAUAGAGAAUGGAUGGAUGGAUAAAGCUGCUUUGAGUACUGGAAGUUUUAGACAUAAUUUAUGGAUUAAAAUUUAGAGUUUUGACUCAGGACUAUUAAUGAACAUCAGGACUUUGUUGCUUAGUGUAUAUAAUGAAGAAAAUGAGAAAUAUACCUUUAAAAUCUGUUUUAGGACAAAAAGCAGAGACAGACUGAGAUUAUUUAACUUGUAAAAUAAAUUUUGCUUUAAAUAUACUAUGUUUGGUUUGGGCCUGAAGGAAGAUUUUAUAUUUAUUUUCUUCAAAGUACAAACAAACUUGAAUAUUUUUUAUUAUGACUGUAAACAGCUGUUUGGUGCAAAAUGGAGAAAUAUCUGCAGGAUAACUCAGUAACUGAAGGAUGUUUUCUUGUUGUUCUGCUUCUUUAUCUUCUCUAUCUCUGUCCAAAGAAUAAAUAAAGAUCUACAUUUUUCUAAAAAGGAAA